GAGAGUAGAGGGACAGGCAAUACGCAACAGGAAGAGACGUUGACCCGCAUCCAACGCGCGUGUUUGCAAUUUUGCAUCGAGUUGUUGGAUCACCAAACCACGCAGAACGAGUAUGAGAGCCCGUUGGUGUGCGCAUUGGCGGUAUUGGGGGUAAAGGAGGAUGGAUGGAAGGGACCCGAGCAG